UCUUGUUAGCAAUCUAGUUUCGUAUAGACAUCUGUGGUGAAAGCGGAGUCUUUUCUCUCACUUUCUAUCUCUCUCUUCUCGAUUGCAAGAUUGUAAACAAUUUAAACAGAGGCAGGAUUAAGAGAAGAAUGCGAUUGAUAUGGGUCGACGAGAGGUAUGCACUUUGCUUACUGAUCCUGCAGGUGAAAUUAACAAACUCGCGGACGUCUUGGAGAUUAAACGCUGCUGACAAAGUCGUGAAAACAGACUUCGUAAGCGCGGUCGAGGACGAUCCGAUCUUCGAUAUCCUGACUAACAAUGUGGUUACCGGCAACGGCCAAGGCUGGAGCAAGACCGCAACGGGGGAAAAGCAUGAGAAAGUACAAAUAUACUGCCAAGAAUGUAAAGGCUUCGUUGGUCACCAAGAGAGACGACUUUCGUCGUACAUGUUGAAGAAUACACAAAAUAUCAGCGAGUCUUUUCCCCUGCCUUCACAAGUGUCAAACGAACAAGUGACAUGUGCUUCUGGUCAACAAUGCGACAACAUAAUAUUGGAUUGUGGUAAACCAGUCAACUUCACGUACUAUGACAAUUUGAUUGGUGUGGUAAACAGAAACAAACAUCCAGUGAUACCAGAGCCAAAUGUAGCAUUAAUGUUUAAAAAGAAUGGUGGCAGGACCAUUGAUGUUGAUAUUGACUUGUUAGAGAGGCGCUUAAAGAAAGCAAAGCGAGAGAAACCGAAAUCUGUCCAGCUAUAUAAUCAGAUAGGAAAUUUCUGGCGUAUAAAGGGCGAUGCACAAAAGUCGAUCGAAUGUUUUCGCAGAGCACUCGCCGUGUCACCGCAUAAUGCAGAGGUGCUCUUAAACUUGGCUAGAGUAUUGCUGGUACAGCAUUACUUGGAUGACGCAACAUAUUUAGCCAGACGGUCCCUAGAAUUGCAACCUCCAGAUCGCAAUGCGUGGGAACAAUAUCUUACACUUGGACAAAUAUUCAAAGCAUACGGACAUUUUCAAGAAGCAGCUGUACAUUUGCGUCACGCGCUAGAGUUAAAACCAGAUCUAUCUGAUGCUGCUGAUGCAUUGAAGGAAGUAGAGUCACUACCGGCUACAAGUAUACAUUUCUACACGUUGUUAAUUAUCGUCUGUUUGGUAGUCGGUGUACUGUUGGUUAUAUUAAACAAUGUAGAAUGCGACGAGGAUUCAGCUCUAGUCAGUGGGCAGCGUAAACAUUUCAGUCGUGCUAUGGCUAUGCGCAGCUUGCGUCUCAACGUUGCACGCAACAAACGCUGUUGAUUAUGAUUCGUUAAUGGCGAGCCAGUCGCUCGUACAUGUGAUAGAAUAACUUUUGAUGCCAUAACAAUUUAUCUCCUUGCAAAGUAUUAUUUGUAAUAUGAUUCGUAAUGAUUCUUGGAAUGCACUACCUAUUUGUUAUGUAUCUGCGGAGAAAAAUAUAUGGAAAAAUAUACAAGAACUUCACUGUUA